UUGAUCUUCUCCUUAACCCGCCUCCUAAUAUUAUUUCUUUCUAGGGUUCCUAAACAAAAACUUCUUCUAGGGUUUGAUCAAGAAAUGGAGAAAUCGAAUGGCUCGUCGUGGGAAGAGUUAGCUUUCGCAGAGGAUGAUGCGGCCGGAUCCAUGUGGCCGCCGAGAUCUUACACGUGUAGCUUUUGCCGGAGAGAAUUCCGAUCAGCUCAAGCCCUAGGUGGCCAUAUGAACGUCCAUAGAAGAGACAGGGCAAAGCUCAAACAAACGGCCGAGGAAGAUGAUAGUAAUAAUGAUAUUCGUCGAUACGUAUUGCCAUCGUCUCGUAAAGAUGACGAUCUUCGUGAGGAAUCUUGCUACACUCUGGUUUUCAACCCUAACCCUAAUCUUUAUUACGAGCCUCAACGUUCUUGUGUUAUUGAUCUUUCUGCUUCAUCACCUUACUUGGCUUCUUCUAGGGUUUCGGGUUUACCUCGGAAAGAGGGUUCUUCUUCUUCUUCCUCCUCCUCUUCUUGUUUUCAUAUAGAACGUUCCAAGAACUCCAAGAAGGUUCUAUCCACGUCAGCUGUUUCAUUUGGAGAGGAUACAAAACGUUACAAACUGUCUGAUCAAUUCCCGGUGCUGGGAAGGGACAAGAAGAGGAAGAUCGAGAGAGAUGUGUCGGAAAAUGGGUGUAGAACAAAACUUGAUAUCGUCAAAGACGCCAAUCUAUCCGUUAGCCUGAACCUGGUGAUCCAUGGAAGCAUACUUCCUGUUGAAGAAGAGAGAGAUUCGAGUUGCAAGAGAAGAAGAAGACUUGAAAGUUCACCCCAGCCGUCGAUUUCGAUUACGGGUUUUUCUUGUAAGAACGACAUAGCGAUUGCUCGAGACGAUGGAACCAUACAGAGAGCCAAUCCCUUGGAGGAUUUAGAUCUUGAGCUGAGGCUUGGAGCCGACCCGACAAGAGGUAAUUAAAUUGAUGAGCACUCAAUCAAUUUCUAGCCAGAAAAAAGGGAAGGGAAGACAACAAAAGACAGUCCAUAUAUUAGCAGUAUGGGUCUGAUAUAUGAGCGUGACUUGUAUUAUUUAUCUUGUCGAUCGAUAUAUGUAGAUUUUGAGGCAUUUGUGUGGGCAAUUUGUGUGAGAGAAAAUAAUGGUUGUAUUCAGAUGAAAAAUCCAUGAGACCUUCAAUAUAUAUAUUUUCAUCGUGUUAUAAUCAA